AUGAAAUCGCUGAUUUCACAUCAAGCUAGAGUACUAAAUUUCAAUUUUAUGGAAGCACAAAAGUAUACAAGAUAUAAAUUGAAUGAACAACAGCAAAAAAGAUUUGUUCAAAUGUUGAUAGAAAACUCUAAAAUGCCCACAUUGUUUGAACGUCAUAUUUAUUUUAUUAAUUUUAUUCAUCAUAAACAAAUACAACCACUUUAUAUUAAUUUGUUACGAAACCCAUUAGAACGUGUUAUAUCCGAUUAUUACUACUCACGCUAUAUGUGUACAGUGAAAAAAGAGACUUGCUUUAGAAUGAAACGUGCGUACAUUAAUGAAACAUUGGAUGAUUGUGUAAUGAGAAAUGAACAUCAACCGCAUGUUUGUAUAUCUUUAGAACAUGGUGUGCAUUCAGCAAUAGCCUUUUUCUGUGGACAGUCAUCAUAUUGUGAAGGCUAUAAAACUGCUCAACGAGCAUUAGCUAAAGCAAAAUCAAAUAUUGUUAAAUAUUAUAUAUUAGUUGGUGUAACAGAACAGUUAUUUAAAACAUUUUCAGUAAUGGAAAAAGUAUUACCACAGUUUUUUUCAAACAUAAAAAAAACAUAUUUACGUCGAAAAAAGAAGCGUGUAUGGGUAACACCAAAAGAGUAUAGAAUCGAACCAAGUAAUCGAACAAGAGAAGUUAUAUACAAGGCACUAAAAUAUGAAAGAGAUUUAUAUAAAUAUGUUAAAAGAAGGUUACAACAGCAAUUCGAUGAAAUUACGAGUACUAAGGAAUCAAAUAAAAUUCGUGCGUGA